GAAGUUGCUGUUGCGAUGGAGGAAGAACAAACAAAGUUUAAUCUUGUUAGUACAUCAAGUGAGUGUCUUUAAAAAACAGCUAAUGAAAGCAGAAAAGUACUGUAGAAACUUUAUAGACACAUCUAGAGCUCUGCUGUGAAGGUGGAUGUCAUGAUCAGGUUUGUGUUAAGAGUUGUGUUGCUGCUGGGCCUGGCUCCUGUGCUGCACGCCGCCAGUGGGGGCCCAGUGGACAAAGUCCGCGGGGACCGUAGAGGUGGACUUAAGAGAAGGAUAGUGAGACUGGUGGUGGAAAAUGCGUUGCAUGGAUCAGGUGAUCUGAUGGUCACCACUUCUGCCCCAAAUAUUGCCAACAUGUCUCUCUCACCCUGGACUUACAACGAGUCCUGCGUGGCAUCUCGUCUCCCUCGGGUGCUCUCCAGUGCGCGCUGCCUCACUUCUGCUUGUCUCAGCCACCCAAGCGGAGGGGAGGAUGCGACCUUGGAGGUCAAACCUAUAAAGCACCAGGUCCUGGUUCUGCACAGAGUCCAAAACCAAAGGCCAAAUACCAACGCGAGGAAGAAGAGGAGGAUGAAGUUCAGACUGCAAAUGCAGACGAUCACAGUGGGCUGUACAUGCAUAAGGCGCAGUGUUUGACUUUUUUU